CUCGCCCUCUCUGUCUUCUGCCGCUUUCUUUGUUUUGGUGGCACAGUGAUGCGUGUGUGCUGGCUCGUGGGGAAAGAGAAAUGCAGUCAGCGAAUAAAACUGCCACACUUGGAAGCAGUGGUAAUUGGGCGUGGCCCAGAGACUGGGAUAACGGAUAAGAGGUGUUCACGGCAGCAAGUUCAGUUAAGGGCAGACUGUAACAAGGGGUAUGUCACGGUUAAGCAGAUAGGCGUCAACCCAACUAGUCUUGAUCUUGUGAAUAUUGGCAAGGAUGAAGAGGUGAAAAUGAAGCCAGGCCAAGUUCUGCAUAUUGUGAAUAAACUUUACCCCUACACGGUGCAAUUUGCUGAAGAGUCAGGGAAAACCGUUACAGAAGCACAAGAGAAAGUACAAACCAACAAGACGCCACGUGAGGACUCCUGCGAGAAUGAUGAUGUAGAGCUUGUGCCCAGAAAAACAAAGAAGAUGGAGGUGGUGGAUACACAAGGCAGUUCUGCAAAUCCCGAGCUAAGCAAUACUGGUGUAUCUCCACAUGAAGGAACUUCGUGCAAAAAGGAACAUUUAGGACACUGGAGUCAGGGUCUAAAGAGCUCCAUGCAAGAUCCAAAAAUGCAGGUUUACAAAGAUGAAAAGACUGUAGUGAUCAAGGAUAAAUAUCCCAAAGCACGUUACCACUGGCUUAUCUUACCGUGGGACCCCAUUUCAAGCCUGAAGUCAGUCACCAGGGACCAUCUUGAACUCCUGGAACAUAUGCAUGCAGUUGGGCAAAAAAUGAUCGAACAGUGCCCUGCCAGAGAGAGUCUGGAGUUCAGACUGGGUUACCAUGCUAUCCCCAGUAUGAGUCAGCUCCAUUUGCAUGUAAUCAGCCAGGAUUUUGAUUCUCCGGCCCUGAAAACCAAAAAGCACUGGAACUCUUUUACUACAGACUACUUCUUAAACUCUCAAGAUGUGAUAGAGAUGGUAAGAAGCAAGGGAAAAGUGAUGGUGAAAGAUCAUGCCUCUGAACUUCUCAAACUGCCCCUCAGAUGCCACCGUUGCAAACAACAGCUGUCCACUGUCCCACAGUUAAAGGAACAUCUCAGGAAACACUGGCCAAAAUGACUUUGCAAAAAAAUCAAUCUUACAACCUGUCUUCAGAUUUCAGGCUACAACAAAGACCUUGAAAUGUUAGUGGACGUGUAUGUUUUUUGUUAACUGGAAUGACAAGUGUAAUGUGGGAAAAGGUAGCCUGGAAACAGCAGCAUACUAACUUUGUGAUAGCUUAGACAAAAAAAACCCAACAUAAAAUAAAGUGACUUCUGA